AUGAGAAAAAAACAGGUAAUAUCAAAAUUGUAUUAUUAUGAUUUAAGUGAACUUGGUUAUCGUCAUAUUGAAUCAGAAGAUACAUUUGGUAUUGGAUGGCAAAAUGCUAAACCAAAUCCACCUAUUGAACAAAUUCAUUUUCGUUUGAAAAGACAAACACCAAGAUCGGGAGCUAUUCUUUUCACUAUCCAUCCUUAUUUUAUUCCUCUUAUUGAAAUUGCUCAAGAAGCAGGUGUUCCAGAACUAUUAGCUUCAGCUAUACGUAGUUGGUCAGAUGAUUUUUCGCAAUAUAAAGGAAAGAGUGGUUAUGAAGAUGUUAUUUUGAAUUAUCUCGAUGAAAAACAUCAAGAACAAUGUGAUCAAGGUUUACAAGUUGACAAUUCGAAAUCGUAUCCGUAUUAA